AUGUAUUUGGACAGUGCUUCAUCCUCUCACGCCCCCAUCCACCAAGGGGAAGCUGAGUGUCAGGACCAGUGUAUGACAGCCACAGGCGUGAUGAGAGGAUAUACGCAGCCAAUAAAUAUUGUAACGGCGCUCACGGGCCAUUUUGAAGUCAUUAGCGGCAAACACCUUUUUGCAUGUGUCCUUGCACAUCCUCUGAUCUUCCAGCUGAAGCUGUCACCACUGAGGCUUCUGGAGCCUUACCUGAUAGCUCCAAAGACCUUAUUUUGGGAGGAGUCUCCUCACCAGACCCUUCACUCUUACUCCAUUUCUGGUGGAACAACUCAACAGAGGAAAUUUCACCAUUUGCGGAGUUUUAAAGGUAGUGGCAGAGACAUCCUCAAUGCCACUGUCAAGCAGCGCAAGGCCUUCACGGAGCUAGUGUCAUCAGCAAGCAACCUGCAGCUGGCCGAGAUCCCUGGCUGGGCUGGCCUAGGGGGUGUACGCUACAUCCCAGACAUCUGGCUGGCACAGGAAGUGCUAGCAGACUCAGCAAAGGAGGACAUCAAUGCACUCAAUGUCCAUCUAGUCUCCCAGCUCAAGGCCACCGAUUCGGCAUUCUCUCUUGGUGAAGCUGCGGAUGGAGUCAAUUGCGUACGGUUCGGAAUGGUUACAGCCGAGACGGACAUCUCUGAGCUUCUGUCCCUCGUGAUCUCAACGGGUAGGGAGAUCGAAACGUCCUCCAAGUUCCUGGAUCAGAUGACGGACAUCGUGAGAAAAGGCAUUGAGGCUGCGACAGAAGACCUGAGGCGUGAGAAUGAUGAACGGCUGUGGCAGGAAGGCAUCCUCCGGCACGUGCCCAUAGUCGGCUCGGUUUACAAUUGGUUCUCGCCGCCACCGCCACCGGGGAUCAAGGGACGCACGCUAGACCUGACUGCGGGAGUCCUGGAGAGUACAGAGAAUAUUUACCGGUAUCACAUGCAGAUCCGUCAUGGCACAGCGCCAACGCGCACGGAGACAAAGCUUCCUCCAGCGCCAUCUGUACAGACCUCUGUGACGCCCUCAGCCUCUUCCCCUUCGCACUCACGGUCAAGCUCCACCACCUCCGCCUUGGCCCCUGGCUCCACCCACUCCCGGCAGGCCUCUGAUCAGCCCACCGUCACGCCAGACUCGAAGACAGAGCAGGGCGUGGCACCAGUUGCGGCGAAUGGCAUUAUGCCAUCAGCAUAGAGUUAGCUUUAAAGCCUGAGGUAGACUUGUAGUAUUUAAUUAUUGCUAAUUAUAAUGAUUAAUAACAACAAGAUUAUUCGUGGUCAUCCUUGACCAUUUUCAUCAUUAAAGGCAUUUACGUUUUCUUUUCUAUGAAACUUGGGAGGACAGUUGCAUUUUUUUUUCUUUUUUUUCCUUGUGUGCAUAUGUGAACCAAUCAGUGCCGAUCUUGCGUGCUGUUGGUUGCGAGCUCGUCUUUCAUCGCCCAAGCAGAGUCUGUGGCCAUCAGGUUCUUGAAUCAUUGCUGGCUCAGUGAUUUUGUGAUUCGUGGAAGGUUUUCACUUUCCAUUAUUUGUAACUGAGGGGCAUUAUACUUCCUCUUCGACCUGAUUAGUUUACUCUCUAGGAAUUAGGUAGCGGAAGACUACAGAGAAGAGAUAUCCAACCAUAUUAUUAAUAUUAUUCUUACUUUCUUGAUUUCAAACACUAUAUACAUAAAGUUUGUACAAAUGAUGUAAAAGAUUUGAGGGCACUACUUGGUAAAAAAGAAAAAAAAAAAAGAGAAAAAGAAAUUGGUGCUAUAGCCUUUUGUACCGUAUCUGUUAUUGUUAUAUUGGGCCAGGCAGAUUUAGCGUGGUGAUGCCUGGGGGAGGGGGAGGGGGUGUGGGGUUAGGGGGAAGCAGUUGGGUGGGGGGGAAGUGGGAGUUGCGCAGUGACAACCCAAUAGUAGUCAUUCCCGAUUUUUUUGUUUUUUUUUUCUCCCCCUCUUCUUUCACAUAGUAAUACUUCAAAGUAUAUGUACUGUUAAUGAGUCUUACUUGCGACAGGUUUUUGUAUUUAUUGUAUCAACUUGCUAGGAGGGCAUGUCAAGAAUACUGUUUUUUUUGCAGCUCUUAUCAGCCAAAUAAGACCCCAAUCAUAUAGUUUGUAGGAAUGGAUUCUUUUAUUUAUAUAUAUAUGUAUAUGUAUAGUGUAUGUAUAUGUAUACGUAUAAGUAUAUGUCUAUAUAUAUGUAUAUGUAUAUGUAUAUGUACAUAUGUAUAUAUAAUAUAAUUAUAUAUAUAUAUAUAUAUAUAUAUAUAUAUAUAUAUAUAUAUAUAUAUAUAUAUAUAUAUAUAUAUAAAUAUAUAUAUAAUUUAUUUUUUGGGACAUUUCUUUUGUCUUUAGCUCAAGUUGUACACAUUAUAGUCAGAAAAUUCAAUGUUUAGAAUUUAUAGUUUUAUUUCAUUGUUCACAGGGAAGAGUGCAUUGAGGCCCAUUGAAGCAAUAAUAGAAGUAUUUAAUCAUACAGAAGAUAGAUUCGAUUGGUAUCGAGUCUCCCUCUUACAUAUUGGUAGGUUUGGCUACAUGAUUUGGUUAAUACAUUGGCAAUGCAGUAACAUUUAAUUUUUCUUCAAGUUAUAUAUAGCAUUGUUAUAAAAUGUGGGAAAGCAUUACUUUGUCGAGAGCUGCUGUUGCUGAGUUUUUUUUUUUUUUUGUUUGAAAUAGAGGAAGAGACUUUUUUUUUUUUCUUUCUAAUGGAAUAACGGCUUCCUCGAGUUUAUGCAUUAAUGGCAGCAGUGGAUUGCAUGCGGCACCCUAGGGCAGUUGUUUUUCCCAGGUCGUAACCUGUUGAGUUAGUACGAGGGAAGUUUUUUUUUUGCUCUUUCACUUUUGGGGAAUUUUCUUGUUAUUUCGCUUUCAUUUGCUUGUCAUGAAAGUGGUCCAAAAUAAGAAAAAGAAAAAAAGCUAAACUGCAGAUAUUCAGCACCAGUUUUUCACUAUGUAUUGAUGUAUUUUGUACACAUUGUUUCAAUUUUUUUUUUUUUUUUCUAUCACAGGGAAUUUGAUUGGAACCUCGUCACCCUUAUUUUGCACAAAGUUUAGCCAGGUCUUAGAAAAUGCAAAGAACUGAUGUGCUGUUUUAUUGUUGAUAUUUUUUUUUUUAUAUAUAUAUAUUAAUCUUUUUCUCCAUUUAUUUCUCUCUCCUCUCUAUACCAAUUCACUAAUUUUUUCGUGAGAAGUGUAUUUGUAUUUAUUUCUGUUUGAUCCCCGAGAUGUCAUCCUGUACAUAAGGAGUUACACUCGGUAUUCACUUGUGUUACUAUGCAAAUGCGUUUACAGCACCAGUUUAGCAUUUUAUUUACUUAUUGUUAUUAUUUUUUUAAUACUGCCAACCUGUAUAACUAUAGCUAUUAUUUUUUCCCCCUUAGAUAUCUUUUUUCCUUUGUUGUUAUCAUCAUUAUUUUUCUAUAGUUUCACUUUAUUUUACAUUACGUUAAGUGUAAGUCCCAUUCAGCGGAUUUGCACCCAGGAUACUGAUAUACUAGUGUGUUUGGCUUUUAUAAUCUGUUGUGCACCUUUUUUUUUUUUCUUUGAUAAGGCUCUGAUUCCUUCUCAUUUAUUUCUUUUUAUUUUCGUAGUUGGUUAUCAAAGUAUUAUCAUCAUAAUCUGUUACAGAUUCUAGUUUUUAUUUCAUCGGCACUUUGGAUUUUUGUAGCUGUAGAUCUGUUCAUGUUUAUUCUACAUUCCAAUUGCGCUGUGUAAGACCUGUUUGGCUGAGGUCGGCAAUUAUUAUAUAUUUAUUUAUAUUUGUAUAGAUAUAUAUAUGUAUUUAUAUAUGAGAUAUAUAUGUAUAUCUAUAUACAUACACGUAAAACGUAUAUAUGGACUUUUUUUUUGUUGUUUUUGCUGUGUGUUGUUGAGUGCGAUAAUAUUUAUAUAAACAUGAUUAUUAGUUGGGGUGCAAUUGUGCAAAGGAAAAAAUGUGUGUUUUGUGUAUAUGAAGUGAUUUUAUUAUUAUUAUUGUUUUUGUAGAUUUAUUUGAUAUUGAGGAAAAUAAAAGAAUCUUAGAGCACAUGGUGAGUCCUUUUUAAGAAAUGCUUGUUCAAUUAUCUUUCUCAUUUAUUGAAAACUAAAGAGAAAAAUGAAAGAGGAAAAGGCAAAAGAGAAGACUGAAGAUUAAACUAUUUUCUGUGUGUUCAUUUUCUCCUUUGUUGAGUUUACUUAAAAGGAAAAAAUAGAUGAAAGUAGACAGGAAGCAGUUUCUAUUUGUUUUUCUCUCUUAGCUUUUCUCUUGUAUGAUUUUCCGCUCAUCAUUAUUUUUUUUUCCUCCUCCUUCUCUUUUCUCUCAGUGGUAAUCCGAAGAAAAUACAUUCCUCCCGAUUUCCCAUUUUCUGUUAGGCCCCAAAUACCCCCAUUUUUUGUUGCAGCCUCCAAGCACCCCGUUUUCUGUCACUUUACCUAGGUCUGUAAAUGGAGGACUGUUUUUUCUUCUCACUCUUAUAUGAAAAGUUCUUGUGUUGUGUGUGUGUGUGUAUUACUUCUCUCUUUGGGCAUUCGAAAUUCAAUAUUUUUAUGCUAGUCAAAAUGAAAGAAAGUUUGCUAAAGAGAACUUCAGAUUUUAUUCGAUGAGUGAAAACCAUUUUUUUUUUUCUCUCUUUCUAGGAUGUAUAUGUAUUUGUAUAUGCAUAUUCUUUCCUUUUAAUUUAUUUGUUUCCUUUCUGUUUAACCCUUUAUUUAUUUAUUUAUUUAUUUAUUUUCAUUUUGUCCUUGUUCCCUUAAUUUAGGAAGAGGUAUUAGGGAAGUAUCCAUUGAUUCUAUUACAGUUAGUGCCUUUCUGAGUUAUUUAAAGGAAAAAGUGAUUGGUGUUUGUAUGUCUUUAUAAGAGGGAGCCUUCAAAAGUAAAUUGAUAUAGGCAUAGUUAUUAGUGUGAUUUGGGGUUAUUUCACUCAUUAUUAUGUAUUUUGUGAUGAUGGGACACCGAAACCUGGAGGAUUCUUUAUUGUAUUAUGUAUAUUUUUUUAUAUUAAAAAAUGUGUGACUUUGUACUGUGAAAACAAAGCAUUUACUUAAGGUCUCUCCUUAGAAGAAAGAAAAACUAGUUUGCAUAUGUAUUAUAUAUGGUUAUUUAUUUUUUUUUCCAGCUCUUGAAUUUAUGAUUUUAUUUCAUAUGGAUAUAUAAAGAAAAAACAUCUUGAUAUAGUACUGUCCAGGGUUGCAGAAAGGAUACUUUUGAUUGAAUUCUGUUAAGAGAUUGCAGUGUUGCAUGGUCUUGCAAUAUACCCAACAAUGUUAUGGGCAUUAGAGUUUGUAUGGUGGAGGGCAGUGUUUCAUCAUCAUUGUUAUUAUUAUUUUGUUCUCCUUUGCAAGCUAGGUGUGUGAGGUAUUGCCAAUCACUGGCGAAUGGGAGAACUGUUUAAAAAGGCUGCAACAGCAUCUCAUUCUUUUCCUCGUUGAGCUAUAGAAUUGUAGAAUGUUUCCCGAAGAGUCAUCAGAACUUUGUGUUUGUUUCUAAGGUUUCUUUCUCUCUCCUUUAUUGUUACUCUCCUUCUCUUUCUUCCAUCUUCGUCUCUUCUUAGUCCAACUCCAAAGCAGCUACCAUGUGCAUUACUAGGACAAUAUGAUAUAUAAAACCCGAGGGAACUUCUUUGUUUAUUGUCUCUUAUAUCAAAUGAUUGACAUCUCUGUUUUGAUGAGUAGCUAUCACUGUUGAUUGUUUUUCAUUUUUUUCACUAUCUCCUGGAAUAAUUUGAAGUAAUUUUUGCUUUUGGUAUGAGAUCAGUAUUAGGUUUACACAGAGCAGUUCCCUCUUGUUGAUUGUAUAUAGCUGUUUGUUUUUACAAGCACAAAAAUAAAAUCAAAAUUACAAAAAAAAA